AUGGAUUUAGUCGAUCUCGAUAUUGGGAAAUCAGUGAACAAAAAGUGGGUUGUUGAAGCCAAGCUUGGAGAAGGAGCCUGUGGAGUUGUUUAUCGUGUUCACGACGUUGAGAACAAAAAGAUCAAAGCUGCUUUAAAAGUAAGACCAAGAACUUGAGUAUAUUAUCCUAGAUUUCCUAACGUACUAAUAAUCUAAUAUCUUUUUUAAAUCAAAAUUUCAGGUUGAAGGUAGUAACGAUGACCUGGGCGUCCUAAAGAAAGAAUCAAGCGUAAUCAAACAACUACAACAACGCAAGCACGUGGUUCGUCUGAUUCACUGCGGCAGACGAGAUACCUAUUCGUAUGUCGUCAUGACACUUUAUGGGAAAAAUCUAAAUCAAUUAAAAAAAGAAUACGAACUCAAAAACUUCACUCCAGGCUGUGUGAGUAAGAUCGCCGUUCAAACUAUGUAUGCCAUGAAACAAGUGCACGAAAUCGGGUUCGUACAUCGAGAUGUGAAGCCGUCAAACAUCGUGAUCGGAAGACAGGGCAUCGAGAAGAGAAUGAUCUUCCUCAUCGACUUCGGAAUGUGUCGCGCUUACACCAUCUGGGAGGACGGAGUAGCACGACAUCGAAGAGCACGAGAAAAAGCCCUUCUACGAGGUACCAGCAGAUAUUGCUCCCCUUAUGUACAUAUGAGACAAGAACAGAGCCGACGAGAUGACAUGUUUUCUCUCAGUAAGUUCAAUGUUAAAACUACAUAUAUAAAUUAAAAAAUGAUAAAUUAAAUAUUAUAUUAACUAAAAUAACUUAUUUCUUCCAUUAAAUAUUUACUAUGCCCUAAACUUUUAGUCUACGUGAUGGUUGAGCUAGCUGACCGACUCGUCUGGACCGGGAAAAAGGAGCCCGAAACUGGAAAGAUCAAGAAUGAGCUACCAGACGAAAAACUUCUCGAGAACUGCCCUCCUGAAUGGACGGACAUUCUAGCGCACAUACGCGGACUGACCUACGAAGACCGACCGAACUAUCGACUAAUAUACGACAAGCUCAUCGCUACAAUGACACGGCUAAAAACUACGUUUUCGGACCUUUACGACUGGGAGAUUAUUCAGAAUCAGGCCAAGAGCAAGGAGACGACGAGGGAGAAAAGCAGUACACAGUCCAGCGCUGAUGCCCGCUCCACCUUCACCGGCUCCAAAAAAGAAAAAGAGAACCCUUACCCAUUCCCUACGGUAUUACCAUCUGAGUUUGACAGCAACGACAUUAAAAUUUGA